GUGUGCCCCAACCACUGUGAAUCGCGUUUUAACGAGUCAAUGAGGAGGUGCGAACUGGUCAAAUGUCGACGAAAAUCCGAAACAAGUCCGCACACAAUACAUCUGGCAUCAAUAUAGCAACAGGAGAGAGUCUCGCCAAUGGACACCAUCCGCAACAACAACAUCCCAACCAACAAUCAUUGCUCAAAAUUGAGUCGGUUGUGCCAAAGAAAUUAACGAGUCGAACGCUAAAGCUCCAAAAACCGCAUCUAACAAAGUCCCAUUCGACCCUCACGUCAGCCUACAUCAAAAAAGUCAACGAAAGCAAGCGAAAUUUCGUCGUGAGUGGCAAUGGAAAUCCGCGUCAAGUCGAAAGUGGCGGAGGCACGACGCACUGUGCGGGAAACGACGCCUCGAUUUUCAUCGCGGACGGCAUCUACACGAUCAAGCGGAACCAAAAGGAGAAGGAUAAGUUGCCCGAUCGCAUCAAUUUGGACCGCAAAGGGCUCACGAUGAUUCCCGCGAUCGAGGAAGAACCCAAUUUGCGUCUUCUCUCGUUGCAACAUAAUCUCAUAAAUGUUUUUGCCAUCGCUGCAGCCGACAGUUACAAGCAACAACAACAACAACAACCGGACCAACAAGUGUCAAGUCCACCGAAAGAAGUUCCUUUAACAAAUAAUCCCCAAACAGCCCAAUUUAUAACGAAUCCGCCACGAAAUGCCAUUUUACACAGACAAUUAUCGCGCCAACGAAGUAUCACAACGCGAAAUCAACUAAUCUUAAAUAACAAUAAUAUAAGUUACAUGGGAAACAAGGCGUCUGGCGUCGUUGUCGGCGCCACAAAUGGCACAACUAGCAACGGAAACACCACUCCCAAUAGCAGUAGUACUUCGAAUAACGGAACGUUCCUACAAAAGUCACUCCUACUCAAUGCUCAACCCAAACACAUCCUCAAAAAGUCAAAUAGUUUUAUCAAUAAUAGCAGUAAUUACCCGAGUUUCUUGACGACGGCACCCGGCACGACCUUCAUGGCGUCCCAGCAAAAGUCCCAAAUCCGCAAUAAGUUGAUGCACACGCCGUCUUUCAGUGUAGACAACCUUUCCUCGAUGUCGGGCAGCACCACAACGAACGGCAAUGGAAUCGCCGAUGAAAAUAAUGGCUCUUCAAGUAAUACGCCCGAUUUAGUGAAGAACGGCAUGACUGACUCACCGCCACUGGAAGUACGACACAAACUCAUCAACUUGGUCUUUCUCGACUUGUAUGAUAAUCAAAUUGAGGUCAUUGGAAAUCUUGAGGGUUUGAAAUCUUUGACAGUUUUGUUGCUCGGCAAGAACCGCAUCACAGACAUUUCGGGAUUGCAAUGUGUCAAAAACACGCUGAGAGUCUUGGAUUUGCAUGGAAACAAAAUUUGCAACAUUUCGGGCAAAAUUUCGCCGUUACAAGAGCUAAAAUCGUUGAAUUUAGCGGGAAAUAUGUUGAAACAGAUUCACGAAAAGGAUUUUGCUGGUUUGUACUGUUUAAAAGAGCUGAAUUUAAAACGGAAUAAAAUCAAGAAAAUUUGUGGCUUUGAAGAUUUGAGAAGUCUCGAGCGUUUGUGGCUGUGCCAUAACGAGCUGCAGCGCGUAGAAGACAUGAGCUCGAUCGCGCGAGCCUUAAAUCUCAAAGAAGUCACGAUCGAGAACAAUCCCGUGUCGUUAGCUGGCGAUUGUGUGUCAUUUCUCGUGAGUUACUUGCCAAACUUGAUUUCGUUGAGUCAGAUGCAGAUCACGGAGCAGGUGAGACGAGCUGCGGCGGCAUGGCGUAAAAAUAAAGAAGCUUCCGAUGCGAAUUAUCUGCAUUUGACGUCCGAUGUUUGCCAUAGUAUGCGACGCGAAGAGAUAAUUUCGAAUGCUCGUACGAACUGGGAGCUGCUGAGAUCGCAACAGUCGAUCAAUACGACGCUGAAACAUCCACAUCCGCCGCAAAAGACGACAAAAAUUCCGCCGGAGCAUCAUUUGGAGGUGGAAACCAGUACGAAAAGAUACACGAGACCGUCCUUGGGUCCCAACAACAAUCGUUUCAAGAAAAUUAAUCGAAAACCGUUGAAACCGCCAAUUUCGCGUGAUAAUUCUACGACGUCGGAACAAGGCGGCGAAGAUUAUUUUCGUCUUCCACCAAUUUUGAGUCCCUUUUUAGACCAUAACAAGGACUCUCCAAAUUCGAAUUCCAGUUUAGGACCAAAUGUCGACUCCGGUUCGAGCGUUUACAGCUCCGAGAAUGAGGCAAACGACGAGAAAAAGCCGAAACCUGAACUGCCUGUUGAAACUGUUGUGGUAAAAGUGACGGAAGAAAGUGCCUCGGACCCGAUUGAAUCAAAAAGUUCGAAUCCAGCCCCCGUUUUACAGCCCGUCGAUCAAGCAUCCAUUUCAUCUGGUGCCUCGUCAACGAAACCUGAAGUGAAUUCAACGCCAGAAACCAAAGCAACAGACUUACUGCCAGUUCCAACUCAUGAAAUUACAUUGACACUCCCCACAAAUGGUGCAGCAAAUUUGCCCGAAGAAGUCAUUCCCAUUGAUAAACAAUCAAAUGUCUCGACGGCGAGUGGAAAGAGCAACGAAUCCGUCGCAACGAAUGCGUCGCAGCAGAAAAAUACGGAUCAUAGUGAGCCAAAGAGUGAACGGUGCAAAAGCUCAAUGCCCAAACGACAAAACACAAUUAGUAGUAUCUCAAGUAGUCGAGCUCAAACUGCCAGAAACACAAACAGCAACACUAAUGGAAAUAGUAGUAAUGCAAAAAACAACAAUAAUGAUGCACAAAACAAGACACAAAACAAAGCAGAACGCGAUCGCGAACAAGGCGGAGACUAUUUAAUCGAAAUCUGUGGUCGUUACUUGAACGUUUACGGCUACGGCGCUCUCAAGUUCAUCGACAAGCAGUGGAAUGUCCAAAAAGCAACUGAUGUCCACACAAUUAAAUUCAGUUACAUCAAUUACAACAACAUCACUGCAGCCCUCGGGAAAGUCAAGGUUCGUUUUCCGAACGCCGAGCACUUUGUCUUUCGCGAAACCAACAUUUAUUGUCUCGGACAACUCAAUGCACUCGCGGAAACCCAAGGUCUGGUCAGUCUAACGAUCGAAUGCGAAGGAAAUACCAUCAUGACGAAAAAUUGGCGGUCCUACGCGAUUUACCGCUUGUCACAUUGGGGCUUGAAAGUCAUCAAUGACGACGAAAUAACGGAGGAGGAAAUUCAAACAGCCGAAGCUCUGUACUCGGGUCUCUCGGAUUUGGUGCUGUGGUCACUGCCGGAAGCGUUGCUUCAACCCCUACUGAUUAGAUUGCGCCUCGAGGAGACUUGUCAAGCGAGCAAGAUGACCGCCAAGGAGUGGUUGAUGCAAGCCGAAGCAUCGUUGAAGAGUGUCGUGGGCAAGGAAGCGUUGCAGUGGAAGAAAAACGGACAAUUUCACGAGGAACAAGCGAUCCGCGACAAAGGCAAGAAACAUUUCACCUUUAUGAUGGAGAACACAUGCAAUGCCGUCGAGAAAUUGCAACGACUCGACACACUAUGGCCAUCUGUGUUGCACGAAAUGAUCAGAAAUUCACUGAUCGACUAUUCGCAAAUUGAGACGUAUGUCAAAAAUUUGAUGCAAGAAUUACUGAAAUAAUUCCGUCCAGCAAAAAAAUUGCUCUCUAGUCAAAUACUCACGUAGAUUAAAAUAUUUUUAGGAUUAAGUCUCC